GUUCUCAUCAUUUCAAGUAUUAAUUAUGUACUGAUCUUUGUCCAUACAUAAUUAUUUUGGUACAGCUGUUCACUAGUCAAGACUAGGCAUUCUCUGUGAAGACUCUUCCAUCCAUGGCCCGAGACAAUCCCAUCGGAGAGAGAGAUACAUUUUGGUAACUCAAGAUGUGUGGUGCUAUUUUGACUGAUGCUAGUAGUACAUAACUAUAGCUCAGUUGAAAUUAAUUCUACCUCUCUCUUUCUUGCUGUUAUAUUUUAUCCUCUAGUCUUGUAUUUGAAAUUUGAGUAUAUUUCGGUGAUUUGUGUGAUAGGAUAUCAGUCUGUCACUGCUCACUCUAGACAAACCAUCUUUAAUGAGGCUUAUCUCAUUAGUCAGUUCUUGUUUGUUAUAGUGCACUUUAAUCAACCUCUCGGUACGUUGUAUUCAUGCUGCCAGUUGUCAGUGAACUGUUAAAAUGCCGUGAUCAUUGGUCGGCAGAUCACCAGAUCAUGCCAGAUGCUUCAGAUCACAGUGACAUGGUUGACUUGCAUUAAGUAUUGAUCCCAUAUAUUAAUCUCGUCAAUCUCAAGUAGUGCUCUGGUUAAGCGUAUGUCAACCUAGUAAAUUUUGUAGAUCACAUGCCAAAACUCUAAUACUUGAUGUGAAUUCUUCUUGAUCCUGAAACAAUGGACCUUAUGUGCUCCAUAAUGCCAUCUGUCCGGUGAAAGAUGUGUAAUGCAGACUGUUUAGUCUGAAUUCAUAUUUUCACAUUUCCUAGUAACUUUGAAUGGAAGCCCAAAGGAAACUACUAAUAUCACCUGGUUGACAUUAGUAGCCUUUUCAUUCCUGUGUUCCCCAAAAGCAACAGCCGGAUCGUAUUUUGCUCUUAGUUGACCUUACUGCUUGUGACUUUUGAUGUUUACUCAAGAGCAGCAGCUUAUGCUUGCACCGCUAACACUUGGACACUUUUCAGCAAACUUUUCCAUAAGUUAAAAACUUUCUGCAGCUCCCAAGAUUGGUGAGCAGUGGUGAUCCUCCUUCCGCGACCAGCCACGUUGCAGUACCACGAGCCAUUCGCUGGAGCCUGGAUGUGGGCUUUCUGAAUGGAAGUCCAGAUGCAGAGGAACUGACUCCAGGAACUUAAACAAAGUGCUUCCUCCAUCCUCCCUCCAGCUUCAGAUGUCGACGGCGAUGGUGUCGGAGCCGCAUGUCCUGGCCGUGGACGACAGCCUCGUCGACCGCGCCGUCAUCUCCAGGCUCCUCCGCAGCUCCAAGUACAGAGUCACGACGGUGGACAGCGGCAAGCGUGCGCUGGAGGUUCUGAGCCUGGACCGGAGCGUGCACAUGAUAAUCACAGACUACUGCAUGCCGGAGAUGAACGGGUACGAGCUUCUGAAGCGGGUCAAGGAGUCUGCCGAGCUACGUGGCAUCCCCGUUGUGAUCAUGUCGUCUGAGAACUCUCCUGCUCGUAUCCGCCGGUGCCUCGAGGAAGGCGCGGAGGAGUUCCUCAUCAAGCCCGUCCGGUCGUCGGACCUGUCGCGCCUCUGCAGCCGGCUCUACUGAUGCUAUAGAUAGCUACUGCUCUAAUAAUUCUAAUUGACUGACUGAUGACGAACGAGUGGGUUGUCAUCCAUCCAUGUGUUGUAAGUUGUAACAUGUACUAGUAAACACGGUGAAAUUAAAGUGAUGCUCAGAAUUGAUGGUUC